CUGUUGGGAGGAGACGGGAAGAUGGCUAGUGGAUGCAGAGCGGAGAGUCCUGGGAGGAGUGCAAGAUUUGAUUAUGUUGCAGAUUUGCCACCCUGCCGACUGAGUCGCUCAACUGUCCUGAGGAGAACGACGAAACGUUGAGUGAAGGGUCCCUCUCCAGUGCCGUGUCCAGCCUCCGGCCCAAUUGGCGAAAUCUCCACAUCCCUUCUCCUGCUGCCAGCAGCCUGAGCAGGAUGGCCAACGGGCACUCCUACAGCUGUGACUCCUCCCAGUCUGGCUACGACCCGUACCACCUGACCCUGGACCUGCCGUCGGGGUGCGACGCUCCCUUCCCCAGCCGGGCUGAUGGGUGCCCCAGCUGCCCCCACCUCCACAAAGGAGCCUGGCCGCCCCCUAGCUACGGGAGCAGCUUCUACAGAGGCGGGGGUUACUCCGACAGCCUACCGCUCUGCCCUCCCCCCUCAGAGUACCCCAGCUUUCCCUCUGGACAGGACAGUUACCCCUACAGCAAACCGUACUCCUGUAACCAAAGCAACGGCAGCUUGGAACAGCCGCAGUCCCUGCGUUCUGUGCCGCCGACUGCAGGCGUGCAGGAGUACUACCCAACACCCUACCCCCCCUGCCGUCGUGGCCCCCAGGGCCCUGCCUGCUGCACCCAGUACCCUGCCGAGGGGUACAGGAUGGGCCACUCACCCCACCAGAGCCCCCGGCCCGGGUACCACUUGCCUUACAGACACCCCGGUCCAGACCACUGUGGGUGUCCUGAAGCAGGCUCCACGCAGAGUGUAUAUCCCCAUGCACAUCUGAGACAGAACACCGCCAUUUGUGCACCCCUGUCACUGGAACAACGGAAGGUGUUCGUCACAUACGAGGCAGACAGCGAAAAACACGUCAAUGAAAUCAUCAAGUUUGUGGCCUUGCUGCGACACAAUGGCUUCGAUACGCACAUUGAUGUAUUCGAGCAACAGUUUAGAAGCAUCAGCAAAAUUGACUUCAUGGAGAAGUUCAUAAAUGAGAAAGACUACCUGAUCAUCAUAGCCAUCAGCCCUAAGUACUACGAGACGGUGACAGGUGCACUCAUCAACAUGGAGAAUGACGAGAGGACCCUUAACACAGUUUACAUACACAAGCAGCUACAGAAUGAGUUCAUUCAAAAUGGCUGCCGAAAUUUCAGAUUCAUUCCUAUUCUGUUUCCUGGUGCAAAAAAAGUGCCAUGUCCCCACCUGGCUCCAGAACACCCACGUGUACAGCUGGCCCAAGGACCGGGACGACAUCCUGCGUCGGCUGAUGCGGGUGGAGAAGUACAACCCCCCUCCCAUCGGUCCACUGCCCACGAUCGUCUCCAUCCCCCUGUAGCGCGUUCCUCGGGGGCUGGGGCGCCUGCCCUGGUUUGGCAGGUCUGGGGUUUGGACGCUGUCAGUCUGCAGAGGAGGAGGUUCCACAGGGGCGCACACUUUUCCAGGCCUGGUGACCUGCUUACUGUUCAUUAGCAGCAGCGUCGUCUCACUGGCCCCGCCUCUCACCUCAAAUCCAGCCACAAUCCCAGAAUGCACCCUGGACAUUCCUUAGGGAUUUGAAAUGUAAUUAUGUAAAUACUGUGUGCGUUUGGUUUGGUGGGGAUGAGUUGAACAGUGGAUUUGUCUUUUCUACAGACCCUUUGUUUGCUCCCAAGUCCUCAGAGCUUUAUUUGCAGUAAUCGAGAUGGCUUCCCAUUGCCUUGCGUGUCAGGAUCUGAAAUGUGCAUAUAUAUGUAGUGAAAUAGGGGAAGUUUUGGGGAACUCGAUCAAUGAAAUUAACACACAUUUGCUGCAUUUUCAAAUCCCACAUAAUCUCACAAUGCUGUGCAACAAGCACUAUGAAAACAGUCAAGGCACAUCAACCUCCUCCUUGCUCAGGUAAUCCAAUGAUCAUAGUUAGAUGUUUUCAAAUGGAGAAAUGUCCUGAGCCUCUCCUGGUGGAAAAACAGCUUUAGAUUCUCGUGGUGGGAAGAUCACCCAACUCUUUCCAGAUAAAGGAACUGUUUCUCUCUCUCCAAGUGGAAAAAACACCUUAUAAAUGGCCAUCUGACUGCCAGUUCCUUUGGAACAAACAUGGAGGCAAUGUUGGUGGAUAUAAGUAUGUUGAUCAGGCAUUGAAUUUGGUGGUCCAAUAGUGUUUCAGUUUGCGUUGAUGAUCUUGAUUGUCACUGGCAGAUUUUGCAGCCUGGGAGCACAGUAACAGUAUGAGAAGUAAACGUGUGCACGUGCCUGCCAAACCUACCAAGUGCGUAGUGGUGCUCUGAGGAUCGGAGGAAAGAGUGGUCACAGUUAAACAAGCCUUUCCAAAGUACAUAUCUGGAAUGACUGUCACUGUAGUGUACAUAAAUCUUGUGAAUUCAGCCUGUGACUGAUGGUAAUGGCUGUUUAUUUUUCUCUUGUUGAGAGCAAAGAUGUUUUUUUUCCUCUUCAGCUGAAUGCAGAACUACCACAGUUAGCAGGGAUAUGAGAGAUAUGAUCAUCAUGCAAUUUAAAAAGCCCUUCUAAGUAAAAGCCUAUGCUGUAGUCUACUGUGCAUUUUAUGCAUAACAUGAUUUUGAUAAUCUGUGUAGAAGAAAUAUUUCUUCAGUUACCUGAAGUGUAGACUACUUUUAUAAACAUCUGCUGCCAGAGGCUUUCUUGCACCCAUUUUUU